AUCAGGUUUGAAUAAUUAUGCAUAUUCUUGGCAAGAUGGCGACUUGCAUAGUACGUCUUCUGCUGCUCCUUUUGUCGGCGUUUUCCAUCUGUUUCGCUCAACAGCCACAUCGGAGAUUCGAGUACAAACACAGUUUUAAAGGACCACACUUGAUGCAAAAAGAUGGCACUGUUCCGUUUUGGCAGUACGGUGGAAGUGCAUUCGCCUCCGAUGAACAAGUGAGAAUUACUCCUUCCAUACGGAGUCAAAAAGGUUACAUAUGGUCCAAAUACAAGGUGCCACAUGACCACUGGGAGGUGGAGUUUUACUUCAAGGUGACCGGUCGAGGGAGGGUCGGCGCAGAUGGCUUGGCAUUCUGGUACGUUGAUAACAAACCAGCUGGGGUCGAGUCGACCCCGGGCCAGGAACCUCCACCUCAGCAUCCCACACAGCUCAGUGUCUUCGGUGGACCGGACAAAUGGAACGGCCUGGCAGUCAUCUUUGACUCCUUCGACAAUGACAACAUGCGCAACAACCCUUACAUCUUAUCCAUGGUGAAUGACGGCACGGUGCAGUACCAGCACAACACUGAUGGGAUGAACCAACAGCUAGGGGGUUGCCUGAGAGACUACCGCAACAAGCCCUACCCAGUCAGGGCCAAGAUUGAGUACUACAAGAAAACACUCACGCUUUUCAUUCACAACGGCUGGACCAACAUAGACUCCAACUAUGAACUCUGCAUGAGAAGAGAAGACGUGACUCUCCCCAAGGACGGCUACUUUGGAAUUACAGCUGCUACUGGUGGACUAGCAGAUGAUCAUGAUGUCAUCAAAUUUUUGACACACAGUCUUACUCCACCAGAUGAACCACGAACUCCCGAAAGAGAGCAAGCGAUUUCUGAUGAUGAAGAGGAAAGGUUCAAGAAGGAGUAUGAUGAGUACUAUGAAAAACUACAACAGCAGAAGAAAGAAUAUCAGGAGAAGCAUCCUGAUAAAGUGAAAGAUGAAGCGCUUGAGGAGACCUUUUUUGAAGACACCGAAACGAGAGAAUUAAGACAGAUCUAUGAGGUUCAGAGUCUAAUUAGUAAAACAAUAGGCGAUCUGAAUCGUAAGCUAGACGAGAUCGUUGGAAGGCAGGAGCGGACCCUGUCGGCCAUCUCUGCAGUCCAGGCCUCAGUCCGAGGGGGUGGGGCACCCCCUGCCUCCACGGGGGGCCAGCCAGUGCAACCAGUCACCACCUCGGAAAUCAAGAGGCACGAGGUGGAUACUAUAUUAAACACUCAGCACGAGCUGCAGAGGUCAAUCAGGGAUGUCAGGAGCGUUAUAGGUGAAGUCCAGGCCAAAGCCAGCAGCAUUCACAACAAAGUGGACAGCGUCUCCCAGGGAAACCAGGGUAAUCAGGACUUCAUGCUGAACCACGAGCUACGAGACAAACUCAGUGCGCUGACUGGUGACGUCAGCCAAUUACUCAGGAAAUCAGAUCAAGCCUCAUCUGUGCAAUGCCCACCGCAAGAGGAAUUCCCCAACUGUUUAACUCCAGUUUACUUCAUUUUUCUGCUUGUUUUACAAGGAGGUUUCUUCUUCUUAUAUGCUGUCUAUAGGAGUAAACAAGAAGCUGCUGCCAAGAAGUUUUACUAGCUGCAAAAAAAGGUACAACUCAAACUGUUGUGUUUUUAAUUAAAUGGACAUUGAAUAUAUAUGUUGGCUUCUUUUUUUACCCAGCAAGUUAUUGAUGAUUUAAGCGUAAUCCAAUUAAUUAAUCUGAAAUCAUGGAAUUUGAGAUCAUGAUGUAGUUUUCUGGUUUAAUGAAAUUAAAGUUUCUAGAAAUCCUUAUUCCAAAAUCCACUGUCUUCAAUCACUGGAUCUAAAAGAAGAUUAAAUUAUUUUAAGUAUUUUCAGGAAUGUCAUGGACAUUAUGCAAUUAUUUUAUUUUUGCCACAACUGACCUACAAAUUUCAGUUGCAUAUUAAAUAUAUUUAUAAAAUGUUAUUCUGACACCGGUGCUAAGGUUUUAAAGAAAUAAUUCAGGAUACGUAUUUUCAAGUGGUACAUUUUUUUUCAAAAAGCUGUUAUUUUUUCCUUUGUAGAAAGGGGAAAAAACAGGAUUUCCAUUGGUUAUCUAGUCUUGAAAUCUCAGCUGCUUAGUUAAAUUUACUCAAAACUUGACACUUAGGUUUUUAGUGUUAUGCCCUGCUGGGGUUUUUAUAAGAAAUAAUUUGUUAAAAUUAUUUCAUAACUACUAGAAGUCUGCACAAGUUCAUAACGAUUUCCGCAAAAUCAUGACAUUUCUCAAAAGUCAGCAAAUUGGAAGGGGAAAGGGUUUCUGGGGAAGGGAAAUAGAUUACGUGUGUAAAACCAUCUGACCAGUUGCACUCCUAGUGAACUAUUUGGUGAAAGGUUUAUUAAAAAUCCAACAUUUUGUUUCAUCGGUGAAACGUCACGAGAGGUUCCUAGUCACUACAUCAUGAACUUGCCACUGUAAAAAUUGCCCUGACUUUGUGAAAGAAUGUUCCAUUUGUCGCAACACAAAGCAACAGUAUUAUGGAUAGUUGCCACACCAUAAAGUAUGUGACAUGUCUUGUGCACAAUGUCCAUAGAGGAUCCUUUCACUUCCCUCAGGUGCUAAAGACUAUGAGACAGUAAUAUUGUCAGCCAGUAUUAGGGUGUUCAUUUGUCUUACAAAAUAGAACACAUAUUGAUCAUAUUGAUAAGAAUUCACUUUGCAUUACAAAUGAAAAUAAACAUGUAUGUCUAUAGUUGUAGGUACCUGGAAUAUGUUGAUUUGUUGGCACCAUACUGUAUUUCAAGUAUGCCAUUGUCAACACCUAAAUACUCUGACAAACUAUGGCACCAUACCUUUGACAAACUAUUGCACCAUACCCUUGACAAACUAUGGCACCAUACCCUUGACAAACUAUGGCACCAUACCUUUGACAAACUAUGGCACCAUACCUUUGACAAACUAUGGCACCAUACCUUUGACAAACUAUGGCACCAUACCUUUGGCAAACUACCGGUAUGGGCACUGUACCCAUGUUAAGUUAUGGGCAUCAUGGAAUUCAUGCCAUAGUCGAAUCCUCCACAACCUACCUGUUUCAAAUCAUAGGCGCUAUGUCAAGGGAAAGUUAAAAGAUUAUAUAUGUAUGUAAAUGAGCUUGUGGCUCAUAGAUGCAAAACUUAUAUUUAGUUAAUGAAACAAGCUAAUAUAUAUAAUUCCACUUUAAUAAGAAUUCUAUUUGCAGAGUAUGUGCAAGUCUUUUUUGUGUAGUAUUUUAAUUCUUCGCUAAGUUUAUGAGAUCAACUCAUGAGUUCUUCAUUUCACCUAAGUUUUUCUCUUUCCCUUUUAAAAAAGGAUUUUAAAGUAAUUUCUUUUGUGUAUCUUUGUUCUUAGACAUACAUGUAUAUUCAGUUUUAGACAGUAUGGUUUAAAUUAUUGGUGUAUUAUUGGUAUAAGAGUGUAAUGAAUACAUAGUGAUGGUUUUUUAGUUGGUCUUCAGCAAAGAAAUAUUUUGUCAGUUGGUAAUCAAAUUAAACGCAUGGUUGUAUUUUGUGCGAAACGACACUUUUGUUACAUGUAUGUAUGAUUGAACAAUGCUUACUAUAGUGAAAGACUAAGUUUUAAAAUUUGACUCGCAACAUUUCCGAAAGGAGUACAGAGUGCAGGGAUUUAGUUGAGUCCAUUACAAGUCCGCCACAAGUCCUGUCACGAGUAACGGUGGAUAAACAAUAAAAAAGAAUGACUCUGGCCAAGCUUACAAACUGUAUUUGAAUAGGUUGUGAUUUGAAUUGGGACUGCAGGACUUGUAGGGACUUGUGAUGGUCUUGACUACAUACAUGUACUUGUAUACAGGUACAAGAAAGUGCCAACAUCUAUUUUCAUGCUUUUUUGUUUCAUUGAUUCCCUGCAAAGAAAAUAUACUUAAGUACACCAUCAUAAUGUACCUUAGAUUAAUCCACAAUUAUACACAAUACUAAUUUGUAAUCAGUGCUUAAAUGUGACUUUUUGGUUGCCCUCAGUGUUAAUCAUUUGCAGUCUGAUAUCGUCACAUAAAAUGUUCCCGCCAGUGCUAUUGAUUCUUGCCAAAUUUUCUCCCAUCUUUAUGUCCAAGUAUUCAGAGAUUAGAUGAAUCGUGAUAAAUGGACCCUAGACUAUUAUUUAUACGUACAUUUGUACCUGACCAAAAUGGUACUAUUUUAAUUGCUGAUUACAACAUGUACAAGAUGCAAAGCUUUCUAAAGGACACAUAUUUUGUUUUCUUUUUAAUUUUCCUUUUUCACCUCUGGUUGAUCUGUUACAUUCCUUUCUCUUUUAUUGAAAAUGUAUUUUAACAUUCCUGGUUUGUGACAUGUUAACAUGGUUUUGUGAAUUGUCUUUUCACUGAAGUGGGUCUAAAGAUUAUUGUAAAAUAAUGUUUUGCACUUUUGUUGGGCAGAUAUAUUGAAAGUUACAUUGUUCUUGUUUUUACCCCAUAGAAUUUGUUGUCAACUGUUGCAUUGUGAACACAAUAAGGAUGUGACCAUGUGUUUAAUUUUGUAAAAGUUUAGCAAAUAUUUUAAGAAACAUUUAAAUGUUUAGCCAUUUCACAAAGGCUGACAUGUUCCCACUAUGUCUGCAGAUCGUCCCGAUUGACGUCACAUCCUUAGAACACAGACUAUUUUCCCUGCUGUAACGGCAGGGGAUGUGUAUGCAUUGAUUUCAACUCUGUGAUGUGUCAUGUCAAAAACAGAGUAUUUAUGGCAGAUGGUGAAAACUGGUUUUAAUAUGGUAAAAUAUUGGAUGUUCCCCUUAUAUACAAAGAUAAUUUUAUGUGUGCAAAAUUAUGAUGAAAAUUGAAAGCGACUUUCUGUCAAGCUAACCAAGAGAGAUGCAGUUCUUGAACUGAUAGACCGCCACAAAUCAUCAACAGUCACCUUGAAAGCUAAUUAUGGUGUAAUACAUAUCUAUGUAUAUUUUAUACAGUAUAUUUUAGGUGUGUAUAUUUCUUGAUAUUUGUAAAACAUGAAAUAAUUGUCCCCCUCCCACAUGGCCAUGUGGGCUUUAUAUUUUCAUUUCAUGCGCUGCCCAUGCGUUUCUGGUUUUGACAAAGCACUAUACUUUCAUGGUCACAUUUUCUUGGUUUAUGUAACAGUAACUUCAAUGGUGAAUGUGUACUAAUUGUUUGGAGAAUAAAGCCUUCCAUGUAUUUUGAGCAAGAGAACAGUAAAACGUAAAAAAAAAAAUUCUACAUUCAAUAUA